CAAGUUUGGCCAUUUUGUCACAUAAUAUUUUAUAGUGACCAAAAAAGCUGAUUAGACAAAUUUGAAAUAUUAUUUUUCCAAGCUCGAGUACAAUAUUUUUCUUUCUCCAUAACUAUCAUUGCUGAUCGUUAUAAUAAACGUUUCGGGUUGUAUUAAGAUUUAUAAAUCUCUAAUAUGAUCGAUUACUUAUUCAUUUUAAUUUUAAUUUCGCUAAGCUCAAUAAAUGCCGAUGGAAACGAAAGUAAUUACCAGUGCGCUAAUCAUAGGAGUCUAUGUAACCCUUAUAAAAUACAACCAUGCUGUGACGAAAAAGACGUAUGCAAGAACAUGGGAGGGUAUUUUUCAUGUAUAAAUCAAGUGAUAUUAGGUAUAAGUUGCCGUACUACUUAUGAAUGUGCAGUUCGCAAUUCUCAGUGCAUUGGCAAUAUUUGUCAAUGUAGCCCAUUAUAUAUACCAAGCUCUACUAAUAAAUGUAAAAGACGAUCUUUGGGUAGGCCGUGUAAUGACGAUUCCCAUUGUAAGCGAUCAUUAAAUCAUACUGUAUGUUCUCAAGACAAAAGAUGUGUGUGUGGUAAUUAUUAUUACCCAACAAUAGAAGACAUUUGCGUUCGAGCAUACAACUCAUUUUGUGUGGAAAAUGAACCGUGCGCUCAAGAAAGUUAUUGUAUUAAUCGUUUAUGUCAAUGCAAAUCUAAUCAAGUCUAUAGAAAUUUUAAAUGUGUACCAAAAGACUUGGGUGAGUCUUGCAAAAAUCACACCGAUUGUUACGGAGUUAGAUUUGCAAAAUGUUCAAAACAUCAAAAAUGUAUUUGUGAUGCUAAUUAUCUUGCAAUGAAUAAAACAAUGUGUCAGCCGAGUUUAGGUGGAUUUUGUCUUAAAAACGAACAAUGUGUUGCCCUACAUUCGAUCUGUAUUCAAAACAAAUGUCAGUGUCAUAUUGAUUACAGUCCCGUACCCGAAGAACAUCGCUGUGUUCGCACAUCAUUAGGAAAAUUUUGUGAAUCAAAUGCAGACUGUAAAGUUAUAAAGAAUUCGAAAUGCUCAGGGGAUGUAUGUGUUUGUAAUGACGAUAACUUUACAUUCAACCGAUCGACAUGCAUACCAAUUAUAAAUGGAUUUUGUUCGAGUGACGAAUCAUGUGAAUUUCAUGGAUUUCAUUGUGUUGAUAAUAAAUGUCAAUGUAAACCAAAUUUUGUAUUAGUAUCUCCUGAUACUUGUAUCGAAAAACUGUUACUGUUUUCUUGCAAUGAUACUUCAGAAUGUAGUGAACCAUGGCAUUCAUUUUGUUCAAUUGAUAAAAAAUGUGUUUGUAACUUGAAUAAUAUUGCGUUAAGUAGAUCAUCAUGUUCACCUAUUUUAGCUGGAUAUUGUUGGAAAAAUGAUCAGUGUAUGGCUGGGAAUUCCAUUUGUGUUAAUUAUCGGUGUGCAUGCAAACCGAAUUUCAUUGCUGUCUCCAAAAAUUAUUGUGUAUCUGCUUGAAAUGUUUCUAAUGGUUCUGAUAGGUUUAGUUUGUAAUUUACAAUUUCAUAACUAAACUAGCAAUGUAAUUUUUUAGCGCUAAUUUUCCUCUAUUAAUAUUUACUAAAAAAUUAUAUAAUUAUUUUACUUAAAUAUUUUGUUUCUGUUCGCGCGAGAGUUCCCAGACAGCAUUCAAGUCGGAACGACUGCUUUACUACGUCUUUUUAAAGGUGUCCUUAAGAAGUCUUAUAAUGACUUCUUAAAGGUGUCAUUUUUAAGAACUGUUAAUUAAAAAUUCUUGAAGACUCCAUAAAUAAGACGUCAGUUUUGUGACGUCUAAAUGUAUUUAUUUUUAAACUUCUUUAUGAAGUCAAAAUUAGAAGCUCCUUAAGACGUCAUGAAUUUUUGUGCAAGAGACUUUUCUUACAUGAUUCUUGAAUGAAUUUUUCUUACAAGAGUUAGCGGAAAAUUAGGUGGGAAUAUUCUUGCGCAAAUUUAUUAGAGACUGGUGUGUUAAUAAAAUUACUCAUACUUUGACUUGACAAUUUUCAAAUUUAAAAAUUCCCUCGCUAAAGUUUUAUCUAAUGUUCGGCUGCUGUCGACUCUAUUCGGUUGGCCUACCAGCUGACAAGUUUUCUAACCCAACAUAAUGCAAGACCUAAAAUUGUAGUUCUUACCUUUAAAUUCAAAUUUACUUACCAUAAAUAAUUAAAAUUUUUGCUAUUUAUUUAUAAAAGUAAUUGUAUAUUAUAUAAAUGACUAAAAAUUUAUUGUAAAUUCAAAUAAUCGCGCCA